ACUUUUGUAAUGACAAGAAAUUAACUGCUUGGAUUUGUUUUAUUGACUAGCCAUAAAAGUUUAACCUAGAAUGGAAAAUAAUCUCCAAUUCCUAUCAAAGUCAAUGCUAUGCCUUAUUUUGCUCUCAUAUUUGGAAACUCUACUAAUAUGGUAGAAAUUCCCUGUUGGCUACAGAGAAUAUUGCAUAAAAGGGAACCUAGUCAGCUCUUGCUUAAACAUAGUGGCGGGCGAUAUGCAAUGUACUUAUAGAUUAUAAUAGGUAGUAUGUCUCUUAGGAACCACAUUGGAGGUCUCAAAUUCGAAUCCUUGGGUGGGUGGAGAGGAUUUGAGAAGGGAAGCACUAUCCCUAUUGUAUCACCUGUCAUGGUUAUUAAAUCAAUUUUCUCUAGCCAAGGAACUAUUCAACAAACUCUUCUUGAGAAUGAACUAUUUGAGGAACUACUUAAGGGACUCUUCUAAAGAAAUGUACUUAAUGAACUUUUCUUAACGAAAAACUACUAACAAACUCACUCUAAAGAUUAACUAGUUGGCUAAACUUUUCAUGAUGGAAAACUACUUAACGGUUAACAAAUUCCUGUAAAUGAAAAUCUACUAAUGAAUCUUUCUUAAUGAAAAACUACAACCCUAAAUGGAUAUCAAAAAACUAACCUUCUCUUUCCACGACCCUAUUCCAAAUCCUAAGUUUCAAUGAUCCCCCUCCCAUUUUAAGCAUUUUUCUUGUAAAUAAACUAUAUGAUUUCUAACUAAAACAGGGUGUUCCUUAAAUCAACUCAUACUUCACUGAAAUUUAAUCAAAAUUGAAAUGAACUAUGGAGCCUUCUUUUGCCUAUAAUGAACAAAAGAAGAUAGGCAAAAAAAAAGGGAGAGAAGUUUCCAUCUAAGGAAGAAGAAAGAAAGCCAAGUGCACUCCAUACAGCUCAUUUCUCUCAUGCAUCCCCUAUCAACAUCUCUGCCAAGCACACACUGUCCUCCCUCCCUAUAAAUUCACCCAUUUGGCCCUCUUUACCUCAAACUCUUGCACCUUGCAAACAACGCUGCCUUUGGCUCUUCCUGCUAGGUUCAGAAUAAUCUUUAACAGAAGCCUUCAAGCUUCUUUCUUAUUCCAGUGCCUUUUCCUUCCAAGAGUGAAAAAGUUAAAAUUUCAAAGAGGGCAAUUGGUGAUGAUGGGGUGAGUUCUUUUUUGAAUCUAUAAGCAAUACAUUUCAAAUGAUCCAAAAAGCAACACAAGCUCAUGCCUUUUCUGAUCUCUACCCAUCAUGAGCCAUGACUAAUUGUUUUCCAUGUUUGUGUUUGUCCUUUUGCUUUUAGCAUUUCUUUCAAUGCUAUUGAGAAUGGUUGAAGUUGGUGAAGUGAAUCAUUAACUUGUUAUUGAGAAUGGUUGGGCUCUGUAGUUGUUUGCCAUUUGAUAGUUGGAUUUUCCUUUGGCAUGUUCUUAGAAUGAAAAUCUGUUUUCAGU